GACGGUACGCGGCGCUCCGGGGAGAGAGAACGAAUAUAUUAUUAUUAUUUCGUUGCGUCCGUGUUGUUGUUGGCGGUUUCGUGUCUCGCUUUGUUUAUCGAUUUAUAUAUUUAUUUUUUACUCGUUCGUGAAGGUGUUUUGUGUCGGAACGCGAGUACUGUUUGCAUCGCGUACUCGCUUCGUGUUUUCGUGAAGUGAUAUUCAAGGGGCGGGGAGAAGGAGGAAGAGGAGGGGGGGGGCUGGUGUCGCAAGCAUGGGUCCCCGCCUGGAGCAGGUGGCCCCAGCACCGCCUUCUGCGUCGCCUGCAGGUGCCGUCGGGGCUCCCCUGCGCGUCCCGCCCUUGCAUUCGGUCCUGGCGCCCAACCCUGGUCUCAGGAACCUGUUCUCGUGGCGACACAGCAAAGAUGGCGGAAGCGGCGGCGGCGGCAGCGACGGCGGCGGCGGAGGCGGAUCCUCGUCGUCGGCGUCGUCCUCGCCCGUGCCUUCGUCGUCGCCCGCGUCGUCGUCCUCGUCUGCGUCCUCCCCCGGGGGCGGCGCCUGGAGGAUCUUCUCGCGCCCGCCCCUCAGGCCGCCUCGCUCGCCCGACCUCCAGGCUCGGAAUUGCGAACUGGAAGCGGGAAGCGCCGGCCUCAUCAUGGAAAACCGGCCUACCAGUCUCCCUGCCAAGACGGCCUACGAGCAACUGAAGCACAAGCAGGAGUACCAACAAAUGGUAUCGGCCGCCAAGAAGAAAGAGUUAAAAGAAGCUAAGGAACGGAAGAAAGCUCAAGCCAGCCAGCAGAGGUUGGAAGAGCAGAUGGCAGCGGCAGUCACAACCUGGAAUGUUGAAAUAUUACCAAAAUGGGACACAAUGCACACACACAAGAAGUGCCGAGAGCUGUGGUGGCAGGGCCUCCCGUCGUGCGUGAGGGGGAAGGUGUGGAAGCUGGCGAUUGGAAAUGACCUCAACAUAACCCCACAGCUGUACACCAUCAUGGUCCAGAGGUCGGUAGAGAAGCUGGUCAGCCUAAGUGAGUGCGGGAGCAUGGCCAGUCAAGAGGACGUGACGAGUGACUGUGGGGACCAGGAAGCCACGAUUGACCUCAUAAGGCUAGAUGUGUCAAGAACCUUUCCCAACCUGUGUAUCUUCCAGAAGGGUGGACCCUAUCAUGAUCCCCUUCACAACAUCCUUGGGGCCUAUGCCUGCUACCGUCCCGAUGUUGGCUAUGUACAGGGCAUGUCCUUUCUAGCGGCCACUCUGCUGCUCAACAUGGACGAGACCGAUGCAUUUAUCGCGUUCUCUAACCUCCUCAAUCGGCCAGCACACAUGGCGUUCUUCAGAGUAGAUCAGCCAGUGAUGUGCGCGUACUACAACGCCUUCGAGGAGCUCCUAGCCAUCAACCUCCCUCACCUUGCGGAGCACUUACGGAACAUUGAGGUCACGCCAGAUCUCUACAUCCUGGACUGGCUGUUGACGGUGUUCUCGCGGCCAUUGCCCAUUGAUGCUGCUGUCAGAAUAUGGGACGUUUAUCUCAGAGACGGAGAGGAGUUUCUGCUUAGAGCUGCCAUUGGCAUCCUAAAACUAUACGAAACGGUCCUGACCAACCAGGAGUGCACUGCCACUGCGGCUCAGUUCCUCACCCGCUUGCCAGAGGACCUCGGCGCAGACGCUCUCUUCCGAGCCAUUGCAUCCGUCCGAACCUCCGCCCACAAACGCACAUUCACACAGAUCCUGCAAGCGCACAUGGACGCCGCGGCCAGUCACUCCGUAUGAUUUCCGGCCGAUGUUUAUUGCAGUUUAUUGUUAUUAUUUUUGUAUUUAUUGGCAAAUUUUUUUAUGGUGUAUGUGCGUGUUUUGGCCGCGACUGAGAAAGCUUGGAAAGGAAAGUUGAGGAGAGAAAAGGAUUAUGAAUUGUCUGAUGGAUUCUCUUGUGUUGAGAAAUGUUUUUCUAUGAUCUGAUUUAGGUUCACAGUUUGUAUCGAUCUGUUAUGGUAUUUGAGUAUUUAUAGAAACUUGAAAAGUGAAUAGAAACUCUCAUUUUUGUAUUCUUAUUAUCUUACUGUGGUCAGAAGAUGAUUUGUAGUUGAAAGUUUUCCUUAUUUUAUAAUGUUAUUGAUUUUCUUGUCACCAUUAUUAUU